AUGUGGAUCUCGGCAAGAGAGCUAGCCGACUACGUUCAAGACUUUCAAAGUUUCGAUGAUCCGGAAGCCGUCAAGAAUCUCGUUUCUCUCCUGAACAAAUAUCAAUCCAAGCUGCAAAAUAUCACGAAAAAUACGGGAUUCGAGAAAGUUCAAACCACAAAUGGAGUCAUAGAAAUUGGAGUUCACAAUCAAAAAGUCGAGCUGAAUCCAAAGAUUUGUGAAGAGGCAGCGAUUUUGGCCAAACUCUUCUCGAUGCCGGAGAGUGAAGCGAUCGAACUUGUGUUAACCGCGGAUCUACAAGUGCAUAACUUCGAAGGACUCCCCAGAGGACUGACAGCCGUCGUUUGUUAUUAUGAUGCGCACCGCUUAUUCGGAUCAACUUUAAAAAGAAUACUAAGUUGGGACAGAGAAGUCUUACCGUCAAAACUUUUGGGAUUUAUCAUGGAAAACCUGGUGAAACCAAAUAUCAUGCAGAACUUGAUUGAAGUACAACGUUCCUUUACAAUUACAUCGGAAUUUCACUUGCUCGUCAGAGAAGAGGUUAACGGUCUUGGUGGAGCAUAUCAUCGAUCAUUGUUACGGGCGUCGAUCGAGGAUAUUCGCUUGUUGUGUGCUGAAUGCGCUUAUGAAAUUUGUCGAUGGGCUGUUGGGAAGCAACAAUUCCUUGGCUAUAUCUUCCAAGUUCUAAAGGAAAUUCCGGGAAAGGGAGAAAAGCUGCAAGCAUAUCAAAUCAUAACCUGGACUUGUUUUUCAAUUAUGCUGAGCAAUCAAUGCUUACUUCAAUCCAACGACGAGACAGCUAUUUUAACACAAUGCAACCGAGAGAUUUCAAACGAGGCUAUCUGGAAAGAUAUUGUAACUUAUGGAUCAGUAUGCCUGAUCGUUGCCAUUGCGAUCAAGAACUUAUCACUCAGUCCAGCUGAUCAUAGCGCUAUCUCGGAACUCGCAAGCGAUCUACCGGAAAGGUUGAUAGAAAGGGCCGUUCAUUUUCAAUGUUUUCACUAUAUUUCUCGAUGUAUUCUUGCUUACGAGGAUUUCAAAGCCGUCGAUUCCCAAGUGCAAGCCGUGGACGAUCUACUGAAAGAAUUUUGUACGCUUUUCCCUUCAAAGAUGACAGAACUUAUGAGGCACGGGGUCGAUGAAAUGCAUAUCAUUGAUGAAAUCCGUUCGAAUAAAGGUGUGGUUUCAAUCACGCCGCAAAAAGAGCAUUUUUGCACUUUACUUCAUGCCUUUUCUGAGCUUUAUCGAUCUGACCCCCGAUUGGACACUUUGCAUCCAUCAAUAAAGACGACUUUGGACCAACUCAGCGAAGAUUUUACACCCGACAAAAAUUUACAACUUUGUCAUUCAUUCCUUGCUCUCUCGCAGCUUGACGAUCAUUACCGGCAAACAGUUACCUUCCUGCAGACUCUUUGCGACAUUUCUCGAAACCCCGUGACGGCGUCUUAUAUUUUCAACAUGUUUUUAAAGACACCUUUAAAUAUUGAUUAUGAUCAUUGCAACCUUUGGGCUCGAUUUGUCAAUGCUCUUCGCAAAUACGAGGUGUACUUUCGUGAAGCCUCGCAAACUUCGUAUAAACCAAUGUCUAGUUUUACAACGGAAAAAACUUCUGGUACUAUCAGUAAAGAGGAACUCGCUGGAAUGCUUGUUUGGUGCCGUUUAGUUGAGACGAUAACGAAAAUGGACGAUAAUGCCUGUCAAGUGUUCGGCCACGAUCGCAAUUGGCAAUUUAUUGAGACGGCUACUUCACUCAUCUCGCGAGCGAUUCCAGUCGCCAUGAAAGGAGCUCUUUUGCGCUUAUUGGCCUCGCUUGCAAGACUUCCCUCGUGUGCUGAAUACAUCUGGAUUACCUUGAAUGCUAGUGGAAUUUGUGCGUAUGGAGAAAAUGGUCGCCUCAUUGGACUUGUAAAAGAAUUGGAGGAACGUGAAUGUACAAGUUGUUUGUAUGAAUGCAGUUUGGGAAUGAUGCAUUUACUUCGCGCUCUCUUUGCUCAUUCGAACAUUCCGAUCACGGCUAGACCUUAUUUGGAAUACGCAACCACCUGUGUUCUUUGGCCGUUGAGCACUAGAAGCUACAAAUCGAUCACUCAAAUGUGGGAAUUGUGCGAAACCGCGAUGGACGCUUUGUAUUCCUUGCUCUCAAAUAACCAUUUUGAUGCAAGAUCCUUGGAAGUUCGAGAACCAGCUGCAGUUAUUCUCUUGCAAAUAUUGAAUCGCGAGGCGCCACUAUUCAGAACGAUCUGUUGGGUGUUAUUGGAAGACUCGGCAUCAGCUUUUCUGCCCUAUCGAUUGUCAAGAAGUGCUGCUCUUUCUGCAUUGAAGUUGUUGUAUGAAUGCAUAUCUAAACUUGAAAUCUUGAGAGUUGCAUUGCGAACAACGGAAAACAACUCGGUUGUUUCAUCAAUGAGUGUCCUACUUCUUUCGCCACUGCACCAGGAUCCCACCAAAAAUCUUUUAUCGAUUGUGAUAAACUAUAUUUCAAAUCUUGCUGCUCAUCCGAUGCACGCAUUGAUGAGUGUUUAUCUUCUACGUGAACUUUGUUCAACUCGACCAUCGCUUCAACAAAAUAUUGUUUCAUUGUUGACGACUGAUCCAGAAACACAAAAACGCCUCGUUCGAGCCGCAUACAUGGUUCUUGAUCCAGACACGAUGAGCUACACAAUUGACAAUGUGUAUUUGAGAGACACGAAAGAAUUCUUUGAUAAUUCUUACUACAUUCGCGGAGAAACGGCUCGAGUUUUCCUUGAGGUAUUAGCCGACUCUAUUGAAAUUGAUCCCAGUGUUUCGAACUUGGGUUUCUUGUUUCUGGGCCUAGAGCUAUCAAACGACAAUGGUUUAUUAUACAACGAUGCUAGUCAAAGAACAGCGUUGCACCGGUUACUCUCAUUUAUCAGUCUCUUCUGUUCUACGGAUGAUCCACUUUCACUUCGUAUCUCUGCCGUUUUUCAGCCCCUGUUUCGUGUUCUGCGUGGUCUUGUUUCGGUUAAAUCGGGCAUCUCACCGGCUGUCUUGCGAUUUUUGCGUACUUACGAUGUUGUUUAUUCUCUUGCGACAAGUCCGUUUUUGGGACUACAUGCUGCGUCGUUAAAGGAUGAUUCCACUUCAACUCGAGCCGCUAUCUCCGAUUUGAUUGCGGGAGACAUUUUGCAUUUGAUCGCAUUAGAGUUUUCGUCUUUGAUGUUGCACGGUUAUUACUCUGACCCACAACGACUUUUGCGAGUCUUGCUUGAAAAUGUGCGAGGUGGUGCCGAAGUUGAAAUUAACGAAACUGCGUGGACAAGGCUUCCAGAAGAAAAAAAUGUGUUGUUUGCCGUAUUAUCGGGUGCCAGUCAGGAAUUGCCAGUGGAAAUUCAACCACCAAUUAAUCUCGCCUACUUUGACUCAGCGAAGCUUGGAGGAAUAUUGGAGACGUGCAUCAGAGGCUCGGUAUGGGGAACUCCGGUUUACGAUGUCGAAUAUCUACACUUCUUACUUCGACGCGAAAUACAAGCAUUGUCUCUUGAGGAUCCAGCGGCUCCAAAACAAGAAAUGGAACGUAUCUUGAGUUGGACGACAACUGCCAACUCCUAUGAGCUAUUGUCAAAUGCCCAUUCGUCGCUUAUUUCUGGCUGCUCUGCUUUUUUGAAUGUUUUAUGUAUAUUUUCGCCACUUCCUUUUUUCACAAACACUGCCCAGAUCAAUGUCCUUCGCGAUAGUUUGUACGAGUUAGUUGCUGUCGGCUCAACCCAUGAUGGUGAGCUUGGUGACGAAAUAGCAGCAUCUAUCACAAGAGUUUGCAAAGCGCUUUGCAAAUUGGUGAACGAAGAAAAAUUGGAAAAAUCUCAAAAGAGGGAGCUCAUUGAAAUGUUGAUAUCGCCAGUCCUUGAAUUACUCGUCCAACCAGGAAUGAAAACACUUCAGUCAAAGAUGUCACUUUACUUGGCAACCUACACGCUUGUUUCCACAUGCUAUUCUCCGCCUGUUAGUGAAACUACAAAAGAAGCGAGUGUACCAUUCGGAGACACGACUUGGCUCUUUGAACCUCUCGCAGCGACUGUGGAGGACCCGAUUCGACUGCGCAUCGAUAGCUUAACCCAAGAACUUUCAACGAGCAUGCUAAGUGAUAUCUCUGAUUUGCCAAACGAGUUAAAGUCCGCUCCUCUAACUUUGUUGGCUGCAUUGGUUUGGGAAGACACGCUAGGCUCUCGUCGUACUUCUGGUCUUUUGGUUCAACACGGUUUGAUAAGAAUCUUGUUAAAUCAGCUAUCACAAAUUUCGCUCGACUUUGCGAAGCUCGUAGUUAACAAUGGCAAAGCACAACUAAACUACAAGUUGUUCCGUAGUAUCAUGAGUGUCUUCACUAGACUUUGUUUUGUUGAAGUUGGUUGGACGGCGAUCACCGAGGCGGGAGUAAUUCAGGUUUUGAAACAACUGCCUUAUCUGAUGCAACCACCGAAAGAAGUGUUCUUGCAGCCAGCCUCCCUCCAAAAUGUACAAUCUACCAGUUGGUACUAUGGAGAAGCCCUGACUUCUGUGAUGUACUUUAUCUCGGCCAUUUUUUCACAUUCACAUUGGAAAAAGACUUCCAAAAAUGUAAUCGAGUUCAUUUCAAUUCACGCAGAAGUCUUCUGUCAAUUGUGUCGUGCCGAAUUGAAGUUUCCUCCAUUGGAGCUUGCCAGCAGCUUGCUGAAUUUUAUACAUGAAAAUGAUGAUAUCACGGUCAAGGACGUAAUCCAAGGUUCGCCUUCGUUGAGAAUGAUACUUGGAAGAUCAAAAGAGAAGUCAGAAAAUUUGGGAACAAACAAUGUUGGAUGGAUUCACAAAAAC